UCUCUCUCUCUCUCUCUCUCUCUCUGUCUCUCUUUCCCUCUCUGUCGGGCGGAGGCGCCCACCACCGCCAGCCCAGUGCUAGGGGGACCUAGUCCAGGCUGUAGCUGCAGGACCCGACACCCUCCAUGGCUCCCCUGGCCUUAGUGGGGUUUGCACUCCUCCUGGGGACGGCCCCGUGCUCGGGGGCGGCCACCCCCACCCCCUCCCUGCCACCUCCCCCGGCCAAUGACAGCGAUGCCAGCACAGGGGGCUGCCAGGGCUCCAACCGUUGCCAGCCGGGGGUCCUGCUGCCCGUUUGGGAGCCUGAUGACCCGUCGCUGGGUGACAAAGCGGCGCGGGCCGUGGUCUACUUCGUGGCCAUGGUGUACAUGUUCCUGGGCGUGUCCAUCAUCGCCGACCGCUUCAUGGCGUCCAUCGAGGUCAUCACGUCCAAGGAGAAGGAGAUCACCAUCACCAAGGCCAACGGCGAGACCAGCGUGGGCACCGUCCGCAUCUGGAACGAGACCGUGUCCAACCUCACGCUCAUGGCCCUAGGCUCCUCAGCCCCCGAGAUCCUGCUGUCUGUCAUCGAGGUCUGUGGCCACAAUUUCCAGGCGGGCGAGCUGGGCCCAGGCACCAUCGUGGGCAGCGCCGCCUUCAACAUGUUUGUGGUCAUUGCCGUGUGCAUCUACGUCAUCCCAGCCGGCGAGAGCCGCAAGAUCAAGCACUUGAGAGUCUUCUUCGUCACUGCCUCUUGGAGUAUCUUCGCCUACGUCUGGCUUUAUCUCAUCCUUGCCGUCUUUUCCCCCGGCGUGGUCCAGGUGUGGGAGGCGCUGCUGACCCUCGUCUUCUUCCCGGUGUGCGUGGUGUUCGCCUGGAUGGCCGACAAGCGGCUGCUCUUCUACAAGUACGUGUACAAGCGCUACCGCACCGACCCGCGCAGCGGCAUCAUCAUCGGCGCCGAGGGCGACCCCCCCAAGAGCAUCGAGCUGGACGGCACGUUCGUGGGCGCCGAGGUGCCGGGCGAGCCGGGCGGCCUGGGCCCCGGCCCCGCCGAGGCCCGCGAGCUGGACGCCAGCCGCCGCGAGGUCAUCCAGAUCCUCAAGGACCUGAAGCAGAAGCACCCGGACAAGGACCUGGAGCAGCUGGUGGGCAUCGCCAACUACUACGCGCUGCUGCACCAGCAGAAGAGCCGCGCCUUCUACCGCAUCCAGGCCACGCGGCUGAUGACGGGCGCCGGCAACGUGCUGCGGCGACACGCGGCGGACGCCUCGCGCCGCGCCUCCCCGGCCGACGGCCCCGGCGAGGACGAGGACGACGGCGCCAGCCGCAUCUUCUUCGAGCCCAGCCUCUACCACUGCCUGGAGAACUGCGGCUCCGUGCUGCUGUCCGUCACCUGCCAGGGCGGGGAGGGCAACAGCACCUUCUACGUGGACUACCGCACCGAGGACGGCUCCGCCAAGGCCGGCUCCGACUACGAGUACAGCGAGGGCACGCUGGUGUUCAAGCCGGGCGAGACACAGAAGGAGCUGCGCAUCGGCAUCAUCGACGACGACAUCUUCGAGGAGGACGAACACUUCUUCGUGCGGCUGCUGAACCUGCGCGUGGGCGACGCGCAGGGCAUGUUCGAGCCCGACGGCGGCGGGCGGCCGAAGGGACGGCUGGUGGCGCCACUGCUGGCCACCGUCACCAUCCUGGACGACGACCACGCGGGCAUCUUCUCCUUCCAGGACCGCCUGCUGCACGUGAGCGAGUGCAUGGGCACCGUGGACGUGCGCGUCGUGCGCAGCUCGGGCGCGCGGGGCACCGUGCGCCUUCCGUACCGCACCGUGGACGGCACGGCGCGCGGCGGCGGCGUGCACUACGAGGACGCGUGCGGCGAGCUCGAGUUCGGCGACGACGAGACCAUGAAAACUCUUCAGGUGAAGAUAGUUGAUGACGAGGAAUAUGAGAAAAAGGAUAAUUUCUUCAUCGAGCUGGGCCAGCCACAGUGGCUUAAGCGAGGGAUUUCAGCUCUGCUGCUCAAUCAAGGGGAUGGGGACAGGAAGCUGACAGCCGAGGAGGAGGAGGCUCGGAGGAUAGCAGAGAUGGGCAAACCAGUUCUUGGGGAAAACCGCCGACUGGAGGUCAUCAUCGAGGAGUCAUAUGAUUUUAAGAACACGGUGGAUAAGCUCAUCAAGAAAACCAACUUGGCCUUGGUGAUUGGGACCCAUUCAUGGAGGGAACAGUUUUUAGAGGCAGUUACAGUGAGCGCAGGGGACGAGGAGGAGGAGGAGGACGGGUCCCGGGAGGAACGGCUGCCUUCCUGCUUUGACUACGUCAUGCACUUCCUGACGGUGUUCUGGAAGGUGCUCUUUGCCUGCGUGCCCCCCACGGAGUACUGCCACGGCUGGGCCUGCUUCGGCGUCUGCAUCCUGGUCAUCGGGCUGCUCACCGCCCUCAUCGGGGACCUUGCCUCGCACUUUGGCUGCACCGUCGGCCUCAAGGACUCUGUCAACGCCGUGGUCUUCGUGGCCCUGGGCACCUCCAUCCCUGACACGUUCGCCAGCAAGGUAGCGGCGCUGCAGGACCAGUGCGCGGACGCGUCCAUCGGCAACGUGACGGGCUCCAACGCGGUGAACGUGUUCCUGGGCCUGGGCGUGGCCUGGUCGGUGGCCGCCGUGUACUGGGCGGUGCAGGGCCGCCCGUUCGAGGUGCGCACCGGCACGCUGGCCUUCUCCGUCACUCUCUUCACCGUCUUCGCCUUCGUGGGCAUCGCCGUGCUGCUGUACCGGCGCCGGCCGCACAUCGGCGGAGAGCUGGGCGGCCCGCGGGGCCCCAAGCUCGCCACCACGGCGCUCUUCCUGGGCCUCUGGUUUCUGUACAUCCUCUUCGCCAGCCUCGAGGCUUACUGCCACAUCCGGGGCUUCUAGGCCCCCCUCCCCCUCCCCAGAGACUCGGCUGCCCCUGCUUCGGACCCGCGUCUCCUUUUGUCCUCCAGAGAGAUUCGGCCUCCUCUCUCCUGGGACUCAGCCUCCCUUCCUCCUGGGAAUUAAUAUCCCCGCCCUCCGUCCCCACUAACAUCCUCGUCCCUUCCCCUCGGGGGUCUCCCCGAGAUACCCACAACUGCCGCCCAGCCCUGGUAGCCACCGUCCGCACCCCCGGGGACAUUGCCACCUCGAGGCCCCUCCCCAGAGAACCGCCCCCUACCCCGCGACCUUCUAGAGAAUCUAUCACAUCUGUCUCCCUCCACACCCAGCCUUGCCCUAUCCCUUAAGGCCCCCUUCCUCUAGAGGACGCCCCCCCUCCCACCGCCACCACCGCCGGGGACCUGUGCCCCAGAGCCUCAGAACCCAGCCCUCCCUGGGGGACCUUUGAAGGAGGCUGACCCAUCCCAGGAUGUCCCUGAUCUCGGCCCUUCUCCCCAACCCUCAGGGAGCUCUGUUCAGCCCCCGAGGGUGGGGCGGAGGAACAGGUAGGUGCGUGCAAAAGGGGGCCACGCCUUCCCUGAUUUCUCCACUCAGGCCCUUGGGAGGACACUAAUUCUCGAGGCUUGGAGAAGGGAGGGGAGAAGUGUGGGGUUUCAGAGCUGGAGGAGGCGCAUUUGAACCUGCAACUUCUCACAUUCCAGCGCCCCCACUCGCCUCCACUACCUCCUAGAGCCCAGCCACACCUUGGAGGGGGGGGGGCCUGUGUGUAUAUAUAGUGUGUUUGGGGGAGGGGGGACACGGGAGGGUGCAUGUCUUGGGGAAAGGGGGUGACAGACUUUCCUUUUGCGAGGGCAGCAGACUCCCCCAGCCGUGAGAACUGGCUUUGGGGACGAGGCCGGGAAUCGAAGGGAGUCCAGCGAUCUCCCCUGACAAUCUAGAAGGCUCAUUUUGCCCUCAGUGCCAGCCAAUCCGGGCAGGACCCUCGAAGAGGAGACCGAGGGUCCCAGAGGACCAAUGCUACAAGCCAGCAAAUGCUGCCACAUCUCUGCCUGAUGGGGAGCAGGGGUGGGUGGGUGGGAGGGUGGGACUGGGGCCAGGGGGUCUGGGUGGGCAUUUUUAACCUUGGAGGCCACCCAUCCGUUGGUAGGCCAUUUGCAUUUUCUUACCGUUGUUUCCUGCCCAAAGGACACACUUGGGGUGUGCGGAGUGCUGCCCACUUCUUGGGACCCUGAGGAUCACCCUGCAACCCCCGUAACACCCUGCUUCCCGCAGGUUUUUAGCGUCCUAUCGUCCUGUUGUGCAUCACCCCAACAUCCCAGACCUGUUGCCCACUCCCCUUUCUCUACUCCUAGCUCAUCAGCACCGGUCGUUGUCUCUUCUCUGUGAUUUCUGUACAAGUUGCCAUAAAACUUUGAAAUUCUGCCUGAAACAAAACAAAACAAAACAAAACAAAACAGCCUUCUCGCGAGGAGUUGGGAUUCUAGAGGAGGGAGCUCAUGAGGUCUCUGACUGAGAUUUGGGCAACUGUGAAAUAGACCAGGUACUCUGGGUCUUUCCGUGCAGGACACCCACGGGCACCAGCCACUCCCAAAAGUUCACACCAGCUUCCCGUAGCCACGCCCCCAUUCGCCACCCAGUUUGCCUAGCCACGCCCCCACGCCUCGCCCCGGGAGCUUUCCUAGCCACGCCCCCAUUCCAGCCGCCACCAACUAUUCCCUUUCCCUGAGCAUCUUGGGAACACAAAAGAGGAGGACCCAGAUUUGCCUGAUCAGAGGAGCUGGGGUUGAUUGGAGUUUCCCGAAUAAAGCAAGUAAUUUUCUCAGAA